AGUGUAACCAAAAUUUUACUUCUAUGGGACGUUUGCGGAUUGGGUUUCGAAGGUGAUGUUAGAGCUCAAAGCGCCAUAAUGAAAUAUUUCAUCUAGAUUUCAACUCAUCAGCAUGGCGAAGUUGGCUCUGGAAAUUUGAAAUUCAAAAUUUUCUUCAUUCGUGAGCUGUUCUUGGGAAGGAAGAAAGGAACUGAAAAUGGUCCAAGCCCGAAGCCGUAGCCGAACCCCGAUCCAGGCCAGCAAGGACCAUUAUCGUCGCAGCAGCCGAAAGUACCGUCGUACUUCCUCGCGGCGCCGCCAUCACUAUCGAAGCAUCAGCAGUCCCAGCAGUGUCAGCGGCACCUCCGGAUGCCCAUCCUAUCGUUCGACACCUGAACGGCCAGUCCGACCGGUGGAUCCUCCCGCAAGCAAGUGUCUCGGUGUGUUCGGUUUGAGUAACUACACCAAAGAAUCGCAUUUGGAGGAGGUUUUCACACACUUUGGCUCCGUCGAGAAGGCCACGAUCGUGUACGAUGUGAAAACGAAGCUUUCCCGUGGUUUCGGGUUCAUUUACUUCAAUGACCUGAGUGCGGCUACGGCAGCCAAAAACAAGUGCAACGGAAUGGAACUCCACGACCGAACAAUUCGGGUGGAUUAUUCGGUUACCAAGAGAGCGCAUACGCCCACGCCUGGCGUUUACAUGGGCGUUAGAAGGGGCGAGGAAAGGAAAACUCGCAGUUCCUAUAGCUACAGGGGGCGAAGUUAUGACGACGACUACGAGUAUGACCGUCGUCGCCCAAGGAGAUGCAGCUGUCAGUCAUCCCAUCGACAUCAUCGUAGAUCCGAGUACCGCCACGGUCAUCGCCAUCGACGUGACCGCACACGUGAUCGUUCUCCUUCCUAUUCGUCCAUCGGUUCCGGUUAAAGUCAGCAUUGAUCUCGUGGAAAAAUCGAAUUCUCGAUGAAUGUUUUGACAUCUCACAGAUGCUGUUCACUGAUAGUUAUUUAACUUUCUAAUAUAAAUAUUUAUUGCUUUUCAGCGCCUAAUUUAAUGAAUUGUUCCUUGCACAUUACUGACUGAUCAAUAAAUGCAGUUUAAACCUACUAACCAAGCAUUAGA